AAAAAGACCAAUCAGUCAAUCACAAGAAAAUAAUUUGUGUAGAUAUAAACAGUAUCCACCUCGAACUACCCAGCCCCAAAUCUCCUUCUCGUAUCUCUUUCCGGAGAGAGAUUGAGGGAGAGAGAUUUGGACACAAUCAAGGAGAUUAAGUCGAAAUGAGGGAAGUUGAAGAGUGUUCCAACUGGUUGUCCAAUUGGGAACAACAACUCCCAUCUCCAGAUGAGCUUAUGCCCUUAAAUCAAUCCUUAAUCACCCCUAAUCUCCUUGUUGCCUUUAAUCUCACCCCAAAUCCAAGCCCAAACACAAAUUCCAACGCCCCUUUUUUCUCUAACCCUCAAACCCUCAAGAACCCAUCAACGCCUUCGCUUCAAACACCUUCGUCGCACCCUGACUCGGCCACUGAUUUCGAGUCGUCCGAGUUGGGUGGGGGUAACUCGGGGGAUGAGCCUGCUAGGACCCUUAAGAGGCCUCGUCUCGUGUGGACUCCCCAGCUUCAUAAGAGAUUUGUGGAUGCUGUGGCCCAUUUGGGGAUCAAGAAUGCUGUUCCCAAGACAAUUAUGCAACUCAUGAGUGUUGAUGGACUCACUCGCGAAAAUGUCGCUAGUCAUUUGCAGAAGUAUAGGUUGUAUUUGAAGAGAAUGCAGGGAGGGCAUUCUGGUGGGAGUGGGAGUGGUUUGGACUCGGCUACUGAUCAUUUGUUUGCGAGCUCCCCUGUGCCUGCGCAUUUUUUGCACCCGGUUAGGCCUAAUUCGGACCAAUUCUUGCCUUUUGUGCCUGUUGUUGCGUUGCAGCAGCAGCAGCACCAUCAUAAUCAGAUGGCUGUGGUUUCGGGGCAGUAUAGGCAAAUGGGGCAAUUUGAGCAUCCCUACAAUGUGGCUAGGCAAGCACAUCAGCAACAGCAGGUUCAUAUGAUGGGGACACCUGUGCAUAAGCUAGUGCCAACUUCUUAUAUUGAAGACUUGGAAUCUGCAACAGCUACAGUCGCCAAUGGGAGGAAAGCUCUCACUUUGUUUCCAACCGGGGAUGAUUGAAUUCACAAAUGGGGUAUAUGUAUUAUAUUGUUACCUUCUGUACUUUUAAUAUAUUAUCAGUUCAACCCGUGGAACUUAUUUCUGUGUUUGCAGUGAUUACUCAGAAUAUGAGUUUAGAACUAUUUUGUUGCUGUGGUUGUUUCCGGUACUUGAGAAUGCACUUCUUCAUUUUUAAUUAUGUUUGUGGGGGGGAAGGUUUGAGCCGUUGGUGUAUACUAUGUUAUUCAAUAUCAUGAGCCUCUACAUGUAAAUUAUUACAGCAAUAAUGUUGGUGAAUUAAUGGGAAUGCAGAUUUCUCUGGUA